AUGGUUCUUAUUUUGAAGACCCUUGCCCUAUUUAUUUACGGUUGUAUAGUUGUUUUAUUUACGUUUUAUCUCACAUGCGCGAAUUUUUAUGACAAGUACUUUAAUUGGUCACACAGCGAUAUUAAAGAUUUGAAAAUCUAUGAUUACAUAGUAGUGGGUGCUGGUAGCGCCGGUUCCGUAGUAGCAGCCAGAUUAGCUGAGGCUGGCAAAGAGACAUUGCUACUUGAGGCUGGGGGUGCAGCUCCAUUGUUUUUGAAUAUACCUGUGCUUGCUCCAUUGUUACAACAAUCUGUUUAUGAUUGGAAAUACUCCACAGUCCCACAAAAGGAUGCCUGUAAGGGGCUAACUAAUAAUCAAAGUAAAUGGCCAAUGGGUAAAAUUUUGGGAGGAUCCAGCAGACUUAAUUAUAUGGCUUAUGUUCGUGGUCAUGCACAGGACUACAGUGACUGGUUACAAGAUUUUGAAGAGCCUGUAAACAAAAAGUAUGGGUGCUUGCAUGCCGAAUAUGCAAAGUGGUAUACUGAACUAUCUGAUGCAGUCUUAGAUGGAGCUAAAGAGUUAGGACAAAAUAUUGGAAACAUCAAUGACGAGCUCGAUAUCGGUUUUAUGAAAGCAGAGUUAACCAUUAAGGAUGGCGAAAGAUGGAGCAGCGACAGACUGUUGGAUAGAAACAAUCCUAAGCUGACCAUUAUCACUAAUGCGCAUGUUGGAAAGGUGUUGUUGAAGGGAAAACGAGCGAUUGGAGUCGAAUUUGUGAAACUAGGUACACACCUAAAAACCAUGGCCAAAAAAGCAGUUGUGCUUAGUGCUGGAGUGGUAGGCACCCCGAAAUUAUUGAUGCUCUCUGGAAUAGGUCCAAAGAAACAUCUCCAAGAACUAAAGAUCAAGGUAAUCAACGAUUUACCUGUGGGCCAGAAUUUGGUGGAUCAUAUCCUUACUGGUCUGGAUAUGGUUGUGCUUAAUACUACUUUACCACUAAAUGUCGUGAACAUUCUCAACCCUCUAUCAGCCUUUAACUACUAUUUUAACGGCGAUGGUCCAUGGACAUCUGCAGGAAUCGAAGUAAUAGGUACGUUUCGAAGCUCACGAGUGAAAGACAAACGAGAUCCUCCAGACUUACAGUUUAUGGUCAUGCCAGUUGGAAUUUCUCAUGAUAACGGAAUGGCGUUCAGGAAAUCCAUGGGAAUCACCGAAGAGGUUUUUCGGGAAUAUUUUUCCCCAUUGACCCACGAAACCGCUGUUAGUAUUUUACCAGUUCUACUACACCCAAAAAGCUCUGGUGAGAUCAAAUUACGUAGUUCUGAUCCUAUCGAUGCUGCUAUUAUCGAUCCACGAUAUCUUUCUGUACGAGAUGACGUUGACGUUCUGAUAGAAGGCAUACAAUUUGUGAAAGAAUUAAUUGAAACACAAGCAAUGCAGAAGCUAGGUGCCGUUUUGUACAAAAAACACUACCCUGGUUGCAAAGAAUUUUCGUUCGACUCACCAUCAUAUUGGGGAUGUUACAUUCGGCAUAUGACUUUGACCUCCUAUCAUCCCGCAGGCACGUGUCGCAUGGGCAGCGUUGUUGAUAAAUCAUUUAAAGUUUAUAACAUGGACAACCUUUAUGCAGUAGAUGCGUCGGUGUUUCCGAAAUUACCGAGUGGAAAUAUUAACGCAGCAGUGGUCAUGUCUGCAGAAAAAGCUGUGAAAUUGUUGAUUAAGGACAGCAAUAUGAAACGAUUCCAAUGCCAUGCUUCAGAUAUCAUGCACCAUUUACUAUAUUGAUAUGAGAAAAUGUACGAAUAUCAUUAAAUUAUCAACCUUUGAAGUCACUUGGAAGUUGUUCAGGGUAAUAAAAAUUAUUCGAUUCAUUCACUUCUACAUUUUAUAUAUUAUUCUGAUACAAAUGGAAAUUAUUAACAUACUGCAUUGAGCACUUUCAUAAUGAAAUACAACAUAAUUUACACUCUAUACUGUUACUGAUUACAUUAUUUAAUACAAACAUCUCAUCUAUAGUAUGAUGAAAUAAAAAUCAUUUGUCUCUGACACAAUUGUUGCUAUAGUAUUAACUGAUGAAGAAUUGUAUUUAUCUCGUGUCAUAUCGGAUUGACUUGAAAUAUUUUUGACAGUAAUUAACUUUUUGUAAAUAGAGUAUGGAUAAAUUAUUCUCAUAAAAGUAUACAUAUGAAACAAUCCUUUGCAUUAAAAUCACAACCUAAGCAUGUAUGAUAGACAACAAACUGACUAUCUUAUAUUUGAACUACAAAACUUAAUCACAUAAUAAACAACUUUUCAAUGUUGAUUUCCAUAAGCUUGGGUAAUGGAACUUACAAUAUUGAGAUUUAUUACAAAAACGAACUUUCGGAGGGCCACUGCCCUGCUUUAGACUUUGGUUUUAUACACUGAAAUGCAUUAAUAGGUUCCUUCUAACAGGAAAAUGAUUCGAGUCAAACAAAAUUAAACACUAGAAUCUGCAAUAAUACAAUUUAUUGCAAUGGUUUAAGGCCACUAUUCAAUUGUAUGAUUUUGUUACUUGUUUCAAGGCAUUAAUGGCACACUUCAUAUUACAGAGAUAUAGUUAGCGAUGUAUGUUACUUAGAUAUUUAAUGUAAAUUAAUGGUAUAUUUAAUAAUCGUAUUAUCUCAUUAUACUAUACUUAAAUCGUAUUCAUACAACUGGACGGAUUCUUAAAGGCGUGAACUAGAGCGCAAAAACACACACCAAUUCAAAUAAUAUCACACCGAUGUUAUCGCUUCAUGAAUAUAUUAUACAUUUAUAAAUAAAACAUAAAAUUCAUUAUAUAUA